AUGACUUCAACCAACACCAACCCUACCCAUGACGAUUCCUUCGAGCUAUUUGACUUGAGAGUCGAGGUCGUUUGUCCGCCAGGCAAGAAGAUAAUGUGUGGAGCGAAAGAAGGAGACUACUUCACGCUGAAAGGCGAAAUGCUUUACCUCCCGCCCGACCAAGGGAUCAGUAUCUAUAGCCUCGCAUCCGUCCUUCCGCUUCUCCCGGCCAAGCAGAGAGUGACGUCUCCCAACGACUGGAUGACUACAGAUGCGCUAAUAGCUUGUCCCGAUCCCAAUUGCCCCUCGCAGCUGAAGAUAGUAAAGGAAGGGAUUCGGAAGUUCAGUCAUGCUGAGACUACUGUUGUUCCAUUGAGUGGGAACUCGGGGUCAUGA